GGGCCGGCUCGGUCGGGCCGGUGGUCGGGCGGUGCACUGGGCAUCGCCCCCCGAAGAUGGCGGCGCUGACCCUCCCGUGGGCCGCCGCCCGCCUCGUCCCCGGCGGCCGGACCCUGGCCAAGAUUUGCAGUUGUUCUUUCUCUACUAGCGGUCGCCACCACACCAAAUUUUUCAGCGAUCCCGUGGAAGCCGUGAGAGACAUCCCGAACGGGUCAACGGUGCUGGUUGGUGGAUUUGGGCUCUGUGGGAUUCCAGAGAACCUUAUUGGAGCUCUGCUGAAGACUGGAGUGAAAGAACUAACUGCAGUUAGUAACAAUGCAGGGGUUGACAACUUCGGCCUGGGUCUUUUACUGAAGACCAAGCAGAUAAAACGAAUGGUCGCCUCGUAUGUGGGUGAAAAUGCAGAAUUUGAACGCCAGUAUUUAUCCGGAGAGUUGGAAGUUGAACUCACUCCUCAGGGCACGCUUGCCGAGCGGAUCCGAGCCGGUGGAGCCGGGGUGCCGGCCUUUUUCACCAGCACGGGGUUUGGGACGUUGGUGCAGGAGGGCGGCUCUCCCAUCAAGUACCACAAGGACGGAAGCAUCGCCAUCGCCAGCCAGCCCCGAGAGGUGAGGGAGUUUGAUGGUCGCCAGUUCAUUUUGGAGAAAGCCAUCACGGGGGACUUCGCUCUGGUGAAGGCAUGGAAGGCAGACCGGGCAGGAAAUAUCAUCUUCAGGAAAACCGCAAGGAAUUUCAACUUGCCCAUGUGCAAGGCUGCACAGACCACAGUGGUAGAGGUUGAAGAAAUUGUUGAUAUCGGAUCUUUUGCCCCAGAAGAUAUUCACAUUCCUAAGAUUUAUGUUCAUCGCCUCAUAAAAGGGGAGAAAUUUGAAAAGAGAAUUGAACGUUUAUCUGUCCGAAAAGAGACUGACGUGAAAGCCAAAUCCACUAAACCCGGAGACAACGUCCGAGAAAGGAUCAUCAAACGCGCAGCUCUGGAGUUUGAGGACGGCAUGUAUGCCAAUUUGGGCAUAGGGAUACCACUGCUGGCCAGCAACUUCAUCAGCCCCAACAUGACAGUACACCUGCAGAGCGAAAAUGGAGUCCUAGGCCUGGGUCCUUAUCCAUUAGAAAAUGAAGUCGACGCAGACUUAAUCAAUGCAGGCAAAGAAACUGUCACAGUUCUUCCAGGAGCCUCUUUUUUCUCCAGUGACGAAUCAUUUGCCAUGAUCAGAGGGGGUCAUGUUAACUUAACCAUGCUGGGAGCUAUGCAGGUGUCCAAGUAUGGGGAUCUGGCCAACUGGAUGAUACCUGGGAAGAUGGUGAAAGGAAUGGGCGGUGCCAUGGAUUUGGUAUCCAGUGCCAAAACCAAAGUGGUCGUCACCAUGGAACACUCAGCCAAGGGAAACACACACAAGAUUUUGGAGAAAUGUACAUUGCCACUGACCGGGAAGCAGUGCGUCAACCGCAUCAUUACCGAGAAGGCGGUGUUUGACGUGGACAAGGAUAAGGGCCUGACUCUCAUCGAGCUCUGGGAAGGCCUGACGGUAGAUGAUAUUAAGAAGAGCACCGGAUGCGAUUUUGCCGUCUCGCCAAAACUCAUACCUAUGCAACAGAUCACAACUUGAUACGUGGAUCAGAUGUCACCAGUCCACGGAGCUGUUGGGGGGAGAUUUUUUUUUAAAAAAAAAUAACAAAACAGGAAUUCUUGGCCAAGAAAUCA